AUGAAAAACAAUCCUUGGGUAAGAAGACCGCCACCCUUGAAAGGAGAUCCAGACAGGAGGGAUACUAGCAAAUACUGUGCCUUCCAUGGAACGCAAGGACACACUACGAACAACUGCUUCACUUGGAAAGCACACCUCGAAGAACUCGUGAGGGAAGGUCACUGCACGGAAUUCAUCGCUAAGCAGGCCAUCCAGCAAAUAGAGGACCGCGACACCGCCAAGGAGCCGCCCCGAAAGGUCAUAAGGAUUAACACAAUCCUAGCUGACUCCGAGGAAUCUGGGCUGACCAGAAAGGAAAAAAAAAGAAAGAUCAAACAAGCCACUAUGAUCUCCCAAGUCUCAACCAACCUUCCGCUAGCAGAAGAUGAUCCUGUAAUCGGCUUCCAAAAGAAAGAUUUAAUUGGCCUUGAUCUACCACACAAUGACACUCUUAUCAUAAGCAUUCAAAUCGCUCAGGCCAUGGUCAACCGAAUCUAUGCAGACGAGGGUAGUGAAACCAACAUCCUACAAUUGACAGUUAUCCAACAGAUGGGCUUAGAAGCAAAGAUCAAUAAAUCAGCCAAGUCGCUAACUGGCUUCAAUGGAGCAACAACGGUUACCAUAGACACGAUAAAGCUCGACGUCUACGCCUUACCUGUAAUCAGCUCGCAAACGUUCAUGGUCAUUGAUGAAGUCUCACCCUACAAUGGCAUUCUAGGCAGACCAUGGAUCAGCAAGAUCAACGCCAUCACCUCCGCCACGCAUCAGAAGAUUCACUACCCAAUUCCUUGGGGUGGGAUCGGCCAAAUCAACAGCGAUCAGGCAAUGGCAAGGAAAUGCUCAGGUCAUGGGCUGAAGAAAGGCAAGCAAACAUGGUUCCUCCUUGUGAAUCAGGCAGAACUAAAGGGAGUAGAACAAGCAGAGGAGAAAGCAAAUCCUGUUCCUGACGGCUGA